UUGGCUCAGGCAAUCUGUGGCCAAAGCCUCGAAAUUACGGCAGUGCCUCCUACGGCGCAGGCGCAAUAGCACUUUCGAGAUGGCCUCGUUGGCGUCCGUCUGUUCGUAUGAGGAGGCGUCGGAAUCGGAGCAGGCUCACAUGAAGAAGUGCCGGCAUAUUGAAAUCAAGGGGCUGAUCGUCGUGAAUCCGGUGGUCUUCCUCACCUCCUGCAUUUUCCUGUGGGGCUUCGUGAUCGCCUGCUGCGUCGAACCAGACUACAUGAAGUACGCCAUGGACGAAGUCGCCUGGGGAUGGAUUCCAGAGGUGUGGACAUGGAUUUACAUUAUCUCUCAGGACAUCUGGGUUGUUGUCCUCCUCUGGGCGAUGUACGCGCACGGCAGCCUGAAGCUGGGAAAGGACGAGGACGAGCCAGAGUUUAGCACUGCCACUUGGUUCUCGAUGCUGUUCUGCUGCGGUGUCGCAACAGGCCUGUUCUACUACGCGGUGGCGGAGCCAAUGUGGCACUACAAAGGUUGGGGAUCGCCGCGGUUCAUCUCUGGGGAAAAGGGCUACGGUACUCUGGACGAGGACGCGACGCAUGCGCUGAUGGUGAGUGUCUUCCACUGGGGCUUGCACGGCUGGAUCCCCUACGUGGUGAUGGGUGCCGUGCUGGCCAUCAUGACUUACCGGCGUGGAUACCCGAUGACCGUGCGUUAUGCGUUCGUGCCUCUCAUCGGUGACCACGUUUACGGCUGGAUGGGUGACUGCGUAGAUGCCCUCUCUAUCGUAACUUCUAUCGCGGGUGUCUGCACCUCCCUCGGCCUGGGGGCCAUGUCGAUCAACGCUGGGCUUCAGCGACUCAGCUGGGGGUCAUUCCGUGGCGUGAACUACGCCAUUCCAGACGAAUCCAGAUAUGCCCGUCCUGGGUGCAACGGCCAAGGAUUCGCCUGCAAGGAUGGAGAGGAGUCUUUUGGCGUCCAGCGAAACACGGAGACCCAGAUCUUGGCCAUACUCAUCAUCACCAGCCUGUCCACCGUGUCGGUGGUGCUGGGCAUCGGCCGUGGCAUCAAGUUUCUCUCACAGUGUGUCUUCGCGAUGGGCACCUUUUUGAUGCUGGUCGUAGCGCUGAACGGCGAGACUUACCUCAUCCUGGACAACAUUGUGCAGGUUACCGGGUACUACUUGUGGUACAUUCAGAUCGGCUUCCACUGCGACGCUUGGGAGCGUCUCGGCGGGAAAGACAUGGGACUCGGCGGGGUUGACACAGGUGGCGGUGCCACGUGGAUCAUCGACUGGACCAUCUUUUAUUGGGGCUGGUGGAUCUCCUGGGGCCCUUUCGUCGGCACGUUCAUUGCGAGGAUCUCCAAGGGCAGGACCCUCCGUGUGUUUAUUCUGUCCACGCUCAUCGUGCCCACCCUUUACAGCAUUGUUUGGUUCUGCGUGUGGGGGACCGAGGGCAUCCGCAUGCAGCGCAUGGCAGACACCAGCGGCCUCUGCACUCAAGCCUACGCUGGCAAUGGGGACUGGGCUGCACAGUACGAUCUGGACACGAAGAAGAACUUGACCCUGGGCUGGACCCCCGCGUGCGUGCUUGAUGACGCGUACCACGGCGGCUACGGCAGGUGCAAGAGGGCGAAGUUCACCAGUUACGUGGACCCUUCCAACGACGGGAACGGUAAGAAGUGCGUCAAGACCACAAACUGGGUAAGUGUUCCUUGCGGCGGUGCAGCUGAUCCCACUUUUGUUGAUACGACGUACGCGAAUAUCUCUGGCACUGAAUGUGCCAACUACUUGAGCGAGAUAGAAGCACUCGCCGCCGAUAAUUACAACCAGUUCCCGGUCGCCGAGCAGCAGGACUGCUUCGUCCCCCUGCAAGACGGCACCGUGUGUUUGUACAACAGGGACACGGCGGAUAUCCUCUUCGAUCAGAUAUCCAGCUACGCCCCGCGGGGCUACUCCGACAUGCUGUGCGCGCUCACGCUCAUCAUCUUGACGUUCUACUUCGUCACCUCGUCAGACUCUGGCUCUUUCGUAGUGGACAUGCUGGCCUCCAACGGCCACCCAGACCCGCCUAUGUUCCAGCGCGUCUUCUGGUCCUUCACAGAAGGGGCCACCGCUAUUGCCCUGCUGUAUUCGGGCAUCAACCAUCCGAACGCAGACGCCUCUCUGAAAGCUCUGCAGGCUGCGUCCAUUAUCACCGGCCUGCCCUACACGUUUGUCAUGUUCUGGGCCACGCAGUCGCUUGUCAUUCUUGUCCAGGAGGAGAGCGGAGCGCUCGACCCCAACCGAAAGGCUUUCACGACCUUCAUCUUCAACAUGGAUUACAUUGUGAAUCAUUUGAAGCACACGGCCGUUCCCGGCAUUCAGAUGGCCCGAACUGUGGUCGAGGUUGGCAAGUGGCCUUUCAGCGGCUUGGGCCAAGGGCCCACCUUUGUAAUCUGGUGUGCCUUCUUCUCCUUGCUGUACUACGCCAGCAUCAUCAUCACCAUCUGCAGCGCGGCCAUGUACCAAUGGGCGCUCAUCGGCUGCGCGCUCUACAUCGGCUUCGGCACCUUCGUGGGCCUGCUCCGCAACCACGUGCGCGUGGCUCGACUCAUCAAGAGUGGCGACCUCCUCACUGACCUGAUGUGUGGCCUCCUCGCGCCCAUGUUCACCCUCACCCAGAUCGAGGUGGAGCUGCAGCGUGGGCCCCCCGAGAAGAAGGACGACCCUGCGGUCGAUGACAAGGAGAUCUGACCGCUCGUCUUGAGAGCUGCGUCCACGUCUCUUCAUCCGUCCCGUUCUGUCCCUUCUCGCCCUCGUGCUUCCUUCCGCCGGGAACCCGCGAAAACGUCCGAACCUCGAACCCGAAAGCUCCCUUCCUCGGCCCCCUCGGGGAGGGCCCGCCCUCCCAAAGAGGCGGCGGUGCACCCUCCCCCCCCCCAGGGGGCCGAGCUCCCCGAGGGGGGCCCGUGCUGGCCGAGGCCUGGGGCAGCUGGUACCGCCGGCUGGCCGUGUGCAGGCGGCUUCUUGCCCCCACGAGCGGGGCAAUGACCACCCAUCGGGCGAGCAGGGCUCGUGUUCCAGUCGGCAGGCAAAGAGUGGCGUAAAAGCAUAGGCUUUCGGAGCUCCGUGCGGGUUUUCUGGAUCUGCGUUUGGGCCCCCCUGGCGCCGCCUCCGGCGCCGCCCCUGGCACGCUCCGCGCGGCAGCGCCGACACGAGACUCCGAAAGUUGGUUUUCAUGCUGUCUGUUGUCCCUCUGUUCAGGCGAGCAAUGGCCUCCACGCGAAUAGCGGUCUCCUGUUGCGUGGCUUCUCGGCGAGCAGUGGGCUCCACGCGAAUAGCGGUCUCCUGUUGCGUGGCUUCUCGGCGAGCAGUGGGCUCCACAUGUAUCAAGGCUGGCGCGUCGCCGCUUACUUCACAGCUCCCACAAGAGGAGCACAUUGCAGGCAUCGCCCUGUGCCCCUCUUCGCUCAUGGUGCGUGUGUGCCUUUGUGUGUGUGUGUGUGUGUGUUUUAAUGGCAUGCUGUCUCAAGCAAAGACCUUCAUGAUUCGAGUAGCUUGCCAAGAUUGCAUCGUCUGAA